UACAUAAUCCAAGGACUGCCCUUGAGGUUCAGGCAGUUCGUCCAUAAUAUUCGCAACCAAAAUCAUUAUGGCCUUUACAUUAAACCGCAAUAUCACACCUGAAGAAUUGCUUGCGGAUACUCAAAUCAUGCGAAAUGCCACGUGGACAAGAUAUCUUAGCCUCGCAGGCCUUGUCGUCUUAUUGUAUGAUCAUACACUGACUUUUGGAAUGGAGGUUCAGUUCAUGUGGAAGAGUACCCCUAACCAGACAGCCACGAAAAUUCUCUUUCUUUGCAACCGGUAUUUCGUUCCGGUUGUUUUACUUGUUCUAGCACAUUCAAUGUGCGGUUUUCUGCCAGUGGAACACCACUAUGAUGAUAAAGGGUAUUAUCCAGGCUUUUCAUUCAUCUCUUGCAAUCAUCUCCAUGGGGGUAGAGAAUUUUCUUAUCUUGACCCGAGUGACUGCGCUCUGGGACCACAAUAAGAUGGCGACGCGCUUAAUGUUGAUCCUCUAUACUCUCAGUUAUGGUUGUACAGUUAUCACGUCGGUGAUCACUAUCCUUCACAUCUCGGAUGGAUUUGUAUAUUCACGGGUCGGUCGCCUGUGCGUUAGCACAAAAACAAGUCCUGAACUAGUUGCCAUUUGGAUUGCGCCAUUCCUAUUUGAUAUAGCUGUUCUCAUUUUCACGGUCUCUAAUGCUCUCGCUCGACCUAGGAGGGCCGACAUGCAACUUGCAAAAGUACUCAAGUACGAUGGCAUCGCAUUUUUUGUACAAUCUUAUCUUUACGAUGCCUCAACAUCGCUUUCGCCGCUACCUCUGAUCCAAACAUUGUACUGCUUCCUGCUUUCACCGUAUGGCCUAUGAUUGCAGUUAUCAUUAAUCGCCUGCUCCUUGAUCUGGAUCGUGUGGAAGAUACAGGGAU